AUGGCCCCAGACCCCUGGGAGGGCUGCUUCUGGUCAUGGGGGCUCCUUCUGUGGCUCAGUGUUGGAAGUACAGGAGAUGCACCUCCUACCCCACAGACAAAGUGCACUGACUUCCAGAAUGCUGAUCUUCUCCGAGGCACCAAUCUCAAAGUCCACUUUCUCCUCUUCACCCCUUCUGAUCCUCUCUGUGGGCAGCUCGUGGAAGAAAGUAGUGACAUCCGGAACUUGGGGUUCAAUGCCACUCUAGGAACCAAGCUAGUUAUCCAUGGAUUCAGGGCUUUAGGAACAAAGCCUUCCUGGAUUGAUAAAUUCAUCAGUGCCCUUCUGCAGGCAACAGAUGCUAACGUGAUCGCUGUGGACUGGGUUUAUGGCUCUACAGGUGUCUACUUCUCAGCCGUGGAAAAUGUGGUUAAGCUGGGACUCGAGAUCUCCCGUUUCCUCAGUAAACUCUUGGUGCUGGGUGUGUCAGAGUCCUCAAUCCACAUCAUUGGUGUCAGCCUGGGGGCCCACGUCGGGGGCAUGGUAGGACAGUUCUACAAAGGCCAGCUGGGACGGAUCACAGGCCUGGACCCUGCUGGACCGGAGUACACAAGAGCCAGCCUGGAGGAGCGCCUGGACCCUGGGGACGCCCUCUUUGUGGAAGCCAUCCACACAGACACGGACAAUUUGGGUAUUCGGAUUCCUGUUGGACAUGUGGACUACUUCGUCAACGGAGGCCAAGACCAACCCGGCUGUCCCACCUCCAUUUAUGCAGGCUACAGUUAUCUGAUCUGUGAUCACAUGAGGGCUGUGCACCUCUACAUCAGCGCCCUGGAGAAUUCCUGUCCAUUGAUGGCCUUUCCUUGUACCAGCUACAAGGUCUUCCUUGCUGGACACUGUCUGGAUUGUUUCAACCCUUUUCUGCUUUCCUGUCCAAGGAUCGGGCUGGUGGAAGAAGGUGGUGUUAAGAUAGAGCCACUUCCCAAGGAAGUGAAGGUCUACCUCCUGACCACUUCCACGGCUCCAUAUUGCGUGCAUCACAGCCUCGUGGAGUUUUACUUGCAGGAGCGGAGACACCAGGACACCUGCGUCACGGUCACGUUCCUUAGCAGCAGUAUCACCUCCUCGGUCAAGAUCACCAUACCUAGACAGCAACGCCACGGGAAAGGAAUCAUAGCUCACCCCAGCCCUCAGUGCCAGAUAAACCAGGUGAAAUUCAAGUUUCAGCCUUCCCACCGAGUUUGGAAAAAAGACCGGACUAUCAUUAUCGGGACGUUCUGCACUGCUCCUUUGCCCGUCAAUGACAACAAAAACACGGUCUGCUUACCUGAGCCAGUGAACUUACAAGCAAGUGAGACUGUUUCUCAUGACCUGAAAAUAACCUGUAUAUAG